UCUGACAUCUGGUCUAAAAUUCCAAAAUUUUCCUUUCUUCUUCUUCUUCUUCACCGUCUUCUCUUUUGGUGCCAAUUUAGGUGCUCACAGUCUGAUCCCACCAAACUCAGAUUUCCAUCCCAUCGCAUCUCUCUCUCUCUCUCUCUCUCUCUCUCUCUCUCUCUCUCUCUGCGACGCUGAAUUCUUCUCUCUCUAAGAUUGGCUGAGUUCUCGUGUGGUGACAGCAAGAUCUGGGUGGUAUUGCCCGCUCUUCCUGAAUUUCUCAACCGAUUUUGGAGUAAGAUCCAGUGUACAGCUGGAUGAACGGGAUGAUAGAAUGCAGUGUUUGUCGCUCCAAACUGUUGUCCCCAAAUUCCAAAGCUGUGUCCAGGGCCUAUGACCGGCAUAGAAAUGAUGUCUCUUCAAAGACCCGGUUCCUAAACAUCCUUUUGGUUGUUGGAGAUUGCAUCCUUGUUGGUUUGCAGCCUCUGUUGGUUUAUAUGUGUAAAGUGGAUGGGAAAUACAAGUUCAGUCCUAUCAGCGUUAACUUUUUAACUGAGGCAACAAAAGUUGUUUUUGCUAUUAUUAUGCUUUUGUUCCAGGCUCGGAAUAAGAAAGUUGGGGAGAAGUCUCUUCUAUCUGUUUCUACAUUUGUACAGGCAGCUCGAAACAAUGUGCUUCUUGCCAUUCCUGCUUUUCUUUACGCUAUUAAUAAUUAUUUAAAGUUCAUUAUGCAGCUUUAUUUUAACCCUGCAACUGUGAAGAUGCUUAGCAACUUGAAGGUUUUGGUCAUUGCUGUUUUGUUAAAGAUGAUAAUGAGGCGGCGGUUUUCUAUAAUUCAGUGGGAGGCUCUUGCCCUUUUGCUCAUUGGCAUUAGUGUGAAUCAACUGCGGUCUAUGCCCGAGGGUAGUACUGUUUUAGGUCUUCCAAUAACAACAGGCGCUUACUUGUACACGUUGAUAUUUGUAACUGUUCCAUCGCUGGCAUCAGUAUAUAAUGAGUAUGCUUUGAAAAGUCAAUUUGAUACAAGCAUUUACCUUCAGAACUUGUUUCUAUAUGGUUAUGGUGCUAUAUUCAACUUGCUGGCAAUUCUUGGAAUGGCUAUUUUCAAAGGUCCUGGUGGCUUGGACAUACUUCAAGGACAUUCGAAGGCUACGAUUCUUUUAAUUUGCAAUAAUGCAGCCCAAGGAAUCUUAUCAUCAUUCUUUUUCAAAUAUGCAGAUACUAUUUUGAAAAAGUAUUCAUCAACCGUUGCCACGAUCUUUACGGGAAUAGGAUCUGCUUUGUUGUUUGGUCAUAAGCUGACUAUGAACUUCAUCUUAGGAAUCUCUAUUGUGUUCAUAUCGAUGCAUCAGUUCUUUUCACCACUUUCAAAGGUCAAAGAUGAACCAUUGAAUGGUAACGUGGAAAUGAUCGACGCGCAGAAUAAUCAGAGGUCUAAGGAUGCACGCUUCCUAAAUAUGGCAGCUGGGGCAAAUGAGGAUGCUAGUCAUCGUGUUGAAUAUGAUGAGAAAGCACCACUUCUUCCAAUAUGAUGAAACUUGGAGUGUGCAUUCCUUUGGUUUAGAUUCAUUGAAGAUUUUUGAAGAUGACACCAGUUUUUUCUUAGUAAACUUAGUAGAACAAAGUGCUGCGAGACAAAAUGUUGUUUACUUGAGAAGUCCCUUUCUUCAUCCUUUUUUUGGGUAUUGGCCUAUGGGAUUCAUGCCAUUUUGGCUUAGCCUCCAGUAGCUGCGGUCCGAAUGUCGAGGCCCUUGAGCAAUUCAGAUAUCUGCCAUGAACAAAAGCUUAUAAUUCAUAUAUUGAGUUAUAUCAAUUUUUUAAUCCAGCUUCCGCCUUACACAACGUUUUUUUGUUUCUUCUUAGUCAUCCUAUACUACUGGGAUACAACUGUCUUGUAAUUUCUUUAAUGUCAAGGAAAUCAAAUAUUUUA